AUGCAAAUGGACGAUGAAGAAGAGUAUUUGUGUCCGAUUGGUUGUUUCUUUUCGUUUGGUUGCACUGUACUCAGGAAUUUUUCUUUAGAUCAGACAGAAGUACCAGCUGAUGAACAUUUUCAAAGAUCGCUGUAUUGUUUACUACAAUUUCUUUCAAGAGAGCAUCCUGCACUGUUAAGAAGAGCAGAGAAUGAGAGUGCAGCUGUCAUAGCAAGGCGAUAUGCAGAGCAUUUAUUGAGACCUCUUUUUGACGAGAUAACUUAUUUAAUUGGUAGAUACCCAGAAGCAAGGCUUGUAAAAUGUUGUGACGUUGAACACCCUUUGUCUGGCCAUUGUGGAGAUACUUCCUUUGGUUUACAAAAUGGAUGGCAUGGAAAGUUGGAUAUACUUAUCAUGGAUAAAGAUGAGUCGGGACAUCCUGCAUUAGGAGUACCUGUAUUUAUUGUAGAGUCAUUUGACGACGACGAUAAUGUUUCUGUGUCCUCGGCAAAUUCGUUCGAUAAUCAUAAGGAUAAUUCAUGGGCUCAGAGUAUGGCAGAAACAAUUGUUUUUUCAUUUUUACAACGUAAACAGAAUUUCGGACAUUUACAGAAUUAUUUGAUACCUGGCAUAGGAGUUAGUAGUGAAAAGUUAGUUGUGUUUAUGUACGACUGUGAGAAUGACGUUCUUCUAGCAUCUGUAGGAAUGGAUCUGUUUGAUAAAGGUGAUGUUCACAUGAGGACCGUAAUAUUUCUCUGGUUAGUUUUGAAUUACAAGUUGUUUUGCAGCGGAGUAAUUGAUGAUUUUAAAAGUUACCGAGCAAAUUUUCACCGAUUGGUUGGUGAGAGAAACUUCAGCAAUACAAAACUGAAGUAUCUUUUCCAUUCUGCAUAAAUUACACCAAAAAUAAGCGUUUUGAUCCAAAUAAACUUUAUACACCUACAAAUCUCAAAAGGAGCUUAGAUUAUCCUGAAGUCAAAAGUUUGAAAUUAUUCAAAAAGCAAUGACUAUAGAAAAAGAGUAUCAUAUCCUAAUAGAAAAUUGUUUCCUUAAGUUUUGUGAUUUAACUCUGUAAAACACACCUUAUCAAAUGAAUGCAAGCUUAAAUGGUCAAUGGCUGUUUGUUUUUCAUCUGUAAUCCACAAAAGCUACAUGUGUUUAAGCUGCAUAGUUCAGAAUAUGAUGACUCGAUAAGCCUCAGUUGUCGAUCUGUUCAUCUGUUUGUCCACAUUUUCUUGUCUUCUGAAAAGAGAGAAAAUAACUUGGCUAAGAUAGUCGCCAUGAUGAGAUAAUGUGCAGAAAACAACAUCAAAGGUUUCAACCCUCAGGUGCAAGGUCAGACCAAAAGGUCAGAUAUAAAGUGUCUACAUCACAUCCUGCUCCAUGACUUAAACUGCUAAAAUUUUUUUAAUAAAUUCUCACAAAUGAUAGCCAUUUGAUGCAAUGUGUAAAGUGCAACAUACUGAUUGCUACUCCCUAUGUCAAGGUGAAACUUACAGGUCUAUUAAAAUGUUCAUAAUUAAGCUCACAGCAAUUAAGUGACUAGUUGGGAGAUUUGUAAUAACUUUGAACAAAUGACCACCCCAGUGUGAUAGGGCCACAGCCAGGUUAUUAUGUUCAAGGUCAAAGUCACAUAUAGA